ACCAACAUUCAACGCUCAUUUCCGACAACUACUCUAACCAUACACAAGCUAAUUGACCUAGCAGCAUUACUCGUCGAAUUCAUCAACUAUGCGCCUCUCGGACAUGCCUUUGAGAGGUUGAAUUUAGAGGACGUGUUGGGCGUGUUGCGGCACGGAUGCGGUAGUGGGCGCGGCAGCAAUUCUAGAGCACCCACUUUACAAUAACCUGUCACUCUCGACAGGCACCUGCUAGUUACAAUCUGUUAUAUACAGACCUCCGAGUCAGACACAACACACUAUGCGGCACAGCCAUUUUGGAGCAACCUGCUCCUGCGAAGAUGCGCAACGCAGUCCCAGCGCUUGGGUAUCUUGCCGACCUAUCAGAGAAAACGGGUCGCAAGCAGACUACUGUGCCAUAUUGUGGUGAUCUGUCUCUUACAGACUGUGCUCAGAUUGCGAACUGGGUCUACCAUCGCAUCCCUGGUGCAUCAAAACGAAUUGUUAAUUGGCUAAACUGUGCUACCUAUGCGCAUGCAUGCACUAUUGUAAUUGCAAAACGGAAGAAGAAUCGACUCCAGGAGAUGGCCGAACAUAUUUUGACUGAACGUCGCUCAGCAGCACUUGACGUGGACUCCAAGUCAGUUCCUACUCCCGAAGAGGAAGCAAAUGCAACCUAUUAGCUAGCCUUUCCAUCACUGUGAUAAGAAUUUGGUAGCCAUUUAUACAUUCCUAUCUUCGAUAGAUAAUCCUGUGGAAAUUUGAU